AUGAAAGCUUCAAUGAAGUUUAGAGAGGAACAAAAACCUCUGUUUCGAGCAAAAGCGCCUCUCAAAAUUCUUGGGUUCCCGUUUCAAUCAGGCAUGGUAGCCGGGGAAUCGAAAGAGCUUUCAUUGAAUCUCAGCACUUACUUCGAAUCAGGGCCAUCUUUGAAGGUUUCUUAUCGUCCAAAUGAUUCUCUAAAUUCGUUUAGUGUCGUACUCAAGACCGGAACCGGCCAUUUCGGUUCGCCGAUCUCUAGCUCAUUCAACAUGAACUCCGAAUUUAAUUUGAGUCGAGGUGGUCAAAACCCUAGGUUUUUUGUUCACUUCAAGCCUCAGUUUGGAGACUUCAUUGUCAAAAAUGUUCAAUCGUCGGUGUUUAAGAAACAAAUUACUGGUGUUGUCGACGAAGAUGCACCGGUGAAGGGGGUAUUAUCAGACGUGGAAAUGACCGCCACAACGGCUGUCCAAUUGAGGAAAAACACUACGUUGAGCUUCCGUUGGGGAUUUAGGGUUCCGGCGACGGGAGACUCGUCGAUGGUGCAGAUGAAGAUGAACAAUUUAAUGGCUGGGAUUUCCCUCUAG